AUGCCCACCCGUCGACCAUUGAGUGAAAUGAACACAAGUCGGCCAUUGAGUGAAAUGGACACCAGUCGGUCACUGAGUGAAAUGAACACCAGUCGGCCAUUGAGUGAAAUGGACACCAGUCGGCCAUUGAGUGAAAUGGACACCAGUCGGCCAUUGAGUGAAAUGGACACCAGUCGGCCAUUAAGUGAAAUGGACACCGGCCGGCCAUUGAGUGAAAUAGACACCAGUCGGCCAUUGAGUGAAAUGGACACCAAUCGGCCAUUGACUGAAAUUGACAUUAGUCGACCAUUGAGUGAAAUGGACACCAGUCGGCCAUUGAGUGAAAUGGUCACCAGUCGGCCAUUGAGUGAAAUGGACAAUAGUCGGCCAUUGGCUGAAAUGGACGCCAGUCAUCAAUCGAGUAAAAUGGCCACUUGUCAGUCAUCAAGUAAAAUCGUCACUAGUUGGCCAUCGAGUUAA